UAUAGCUGCGCGGCGGGCCGGGCGAGAGCGUAGUGGAGGAGGCGCGGUUGUGAGUAGUACCGGGAGUGGGGUGAUCCCGGGCUAGGGGAGCGCGGCGGCCGUGAUCGGGCUUAGUCGGAGCUCUGAAGGGAGUGACUAGGGGACCCGGGUGGGCUACUUUUCUUCCGGUGCUUUUGUUUUUUCUUGCCUUGGGCUCGGGCUGAGUGUCGCCCACUGAUCAAAGAUUCUCUCGUAAAACCCAGAGCGACCCUCCCGUCAAUUGUUGGGCUCGGGAGUGUCGCGGUGCCCCGAGCGCGCCGGGCGCGGAGGCAAAGGGAGCGGAGCCGGCCGCGGACGGGGCCCGGAGCUUGCCUGCCUCCCUCGCUCGUCCCAGCGGGUCCGCUCGCGCAGGGCGCAGGGCGCGCGCGAUGAAGGCGGUGAGCCCGGUGCGCCCCUCGGGCCGCAAGGCGCCGUCGGGCUGCGGCGGCGGGGAGCUGGCGCUGCGCUGCCUGGCCGAGCACGGCCACAGCCUGGGUGGCUCCGCAGCCGCGGCGGCGGCGGCGGCGGCAGCGCGCUGUAAGGCGGCCGAGGCGGCGGCCGACGAGCCGGCGCUCUGCCUGCAGUGCGAUAUGAACGACUGCUAUAGCCGCCUGCGGAGGCUGGUGCCCACCAUCCCGCCCAACAAGAAAGUCAGCAAAGUGGAGAUCCUGCAGCACGUUAUCGACUACAUCCUGGACCUGCAGCUGGCGCUGGAGACGCACCCGGCCCUGCUGAGGCAGCCACCACCGCCCGCGCCGCCACACCACCCGGCCGGGACCUGUCCAGCCGCGCCGCCGAGGACCCCGCUCACUGCGCUCAACACCGACCCGGUGUGCGGCCGCCUGAGCCCGAGCCAGGAGCACUAGAGAGGGAGGGGGAAGAGCAGAAAUUAGAGAAAAAAAGCCACCGGAGGAAAGGAAAAAACAUCGGCCAACCUAGAAACGUUUUCAUUCGUCAUUCCAAGAGAGGGAGAGGAAAGAAAAAUACAACUUUCAUCCUUUCUUUGCACGUUCAUAAACAUUCUACAUACGUAUUCUCUUUUGUCUCUUCAUUUAUAACUGCUGUGAAUUGUACAUUUCUGUGUUUUUUGGAGGUGCAGUUAAACUUUUAAGCUUAAGUGUGACAGGACUGAUAAAUAGAAGAUCAAGAGUAGAUCCGACUUUAGAAGCCUACUUUGUGACCAAGGAGCUCAAUUUUUGUUUUGAAGCUUUACUAAUCUACCAGAGCAUUGUAGAUUUUUUUUUUUACAUCUAUUGUUUAAAAUAGAUGAUUAUAACGGGGCAGAGAACUUUCUUUUCUCUGCAAGAAUGUUACAUAUUGUAUAGAUAAAUGAGUGACAUUUCAUACCAUGUAUAUAUAGAGAUGUUCUAUAAGUGUGAGAAAGUAUAUGCUUUAAUAGACUACUGUAAUUAUAAGAUAUUUUUAAUUAAAUAUUUUUUUGUAAAUAUUAUGUGUGUGUUUUUUUUUAAUCUAUGGGAAUAUUUCUUUUGGAAAAUUAUUUUUCAGCUCAAUUACAGAGCUCUUGAUAUCUUGAAUGUCUUUUCUGUUUGGCCUGGCUCUUAAUUUGCUUUUGUUUUGCCCAGUAUAGACUCGGAAGUAACAGUUAUAGCUAGUGGUCUUGCAUGAUUGCAUGAGAUGUUUAAUCACAAAUUAAACUUGUUCUGAGUCCAUUCAAAUGUGUUUUUUUAAAUGUAGAUUGAAAUCUUUGUAUUUGAAGCAUACAUGUUGAAAAUACACCUUAUCAGUUUUUAAGUACAGGGUUUUAUAGUGUAAUAUAUACAGAGUAAGUGUUUGUUUUUGUUUUUCAACUGAGGUCAAAAUGGAUUCUGAAUGAUUUUGCAUAUGGGAUGAGGAAAUGCUUGGAUCCUUAAGGAGUUUACGAAAUCUGCUGUUCUAUCAAAGUGAAAAAAAAUUGCUUAUUACUCUUCAUUUUACACUAAAGCUUAAUGUCACUAAGUUUCAUGUCUGUACAGAUUAUUUAAAUCAUGGAAAUGAAAAAAUGUUCUCUGCUUGCUACCAAAGGACAAACUCUUGGAAAUGAACACUUUCUGCUUUCCUUCCUCCAAAGAAUUAAUAGGCAACAGUGGGAGAAAAAAAGGCAUAAUGGCAAAUCCUUCAAGCAGGGAUAAAAGUCGAUCUUCAAACAUUAACUUAAGCAGACCAAAAAUUCUGAUGACCGCAUCUAGAUUAUUUUUUUAUAAAAAUGAUUUUCACUAUAGCUAUGUUAGUUACGCUAAGCUACUGUCCAAUCUCUUGUGAUGUGUAACUUUUACAUGUGAAUAUUAAAGUAGAUUUCUCUGUCUUGUAC